AUGAGGAGGUCGGUAUCGUUGAACGUGGAACUGUUCUACGACGAGAACGUGCUAUCGUGGAGCAAACGUCUCCUCGGCUUAUCCGGCCUGUGGCCGGAUAAUCGCAACGACGUACGAUUUUUCUUCUACAUUAGCUACGUGGUGAUCUUCACGUGGCUGGAGAUGGUGACGCUGCUGCAGAAUAUACACGACCUUGAGAAGUCGUUGAAAAAUAUCACGCUAUCGUUCCCGACCAUCUUGAUAGUGCUGAAGGCCGUGAUGUUUCGGCUGAACAUGCAUCUCGUCCUGCCGUUGCUCGAGGCAGUGAGAAAGGACGUGAAACAGGGACUGUAUCGGUCGCAGGAGGAAAGGCGAACGGUUGUAUGGUACAGCGUGGCCGCCACCUUAUUUUCCACGUCGUCGGCCAUGUCUUUGUUCUUCGUGCCCACGUUAUUUUAUACGAAGCCGAUCGUCGGCUGUCUGUUGUCGAAGUUCAGUAACUGUACUCUUCCUUACGAGCUACCAAUGAAAGUGAACCACCUGUACGAAGUGACAGAGGUGCGGACGUACGCUUUGUUCUGCGUUUACUUCGUACCGACGAGCAUGUUACUAACAAUCGGUGCAACUGGCGCCGACAGUCUUCUAGUCACCUUGACUUUCCAUCUUUGCAGUCAAUUUUCGAUCCUGUCGAGCCGUGUAAAAAAUAUCGACGUCGAGCCGCAAAAGUAUUUCCCACAAAUGAAAGCACUCGUUGAACGGCACACCGAACUUCUACGAUUGGCGGGCAUUUUGGCAGAGACGUUUAGUACUCUGAUGUUUAUACAAACUUUAGGGUUGAUAUUUUCUUUAUGCAUCGUCGUCUUUCAAUUACUCACGAUGAGCGAAUCGGGCGAAGACAUGAACACGAUACACUUUAUAAUUUAUUCCUGCGCCGUUAUAUUACUAGCAUUCUGCUAUUGUUUCUUGGGAGAGUGCCUGAUUAACGAGAGUUCUGAAAUGCAGCAGGCUUGUUACUUCAGUAAUUGGUACGAUUUACCAGAUAAAUACACGCGAUCGUUAAUAUUUUGCAUCGCUCGCUCUCAAAAGCCGUCGUACCUAACAGCUGGCAAGUUCUACGUGUUCUCGUUAGAAACAUUCGGCAUCAUAGUAAAAGCGUCGAUGGCCUAUCUUUCCGUUCUGAAAAGCAUUAUCUGA